ACCAACUUUAUACUUUGUAGCACAUGCUCGAGUAAAAGAAUUUUAUUUGCUCGUUGUAUCUUCAAUGUUUGAAUAAACUUAACGCUAUAUUUGAUCGGUAGAAGUAUGCAUAUACUUUUUGAGAUCGUGAAGAUAAUCCAAACAAUAUAAUGUUUGAUUUUUAUUGAAUAAAUGGCGAUUUUAUGCAAAUCGGAUCAUCCAAAUUGAUAAGUAAUGCUUGCUUGAAAAAGAAAAGAAUAUAUUAGUAGAUACUCUUUGUUUGGAAGUUUUAACAGAUUAAUUUCUAAACGUAUUCCUUUAUACACAAACUUUUUAAAAACUAACAGAGUCUUACGCGAUCACUUAGGUCUUCAACCUGCCCACAUAGUAUGAGCGUUAUCACGAGGGAUUACUUAAAACCUCCAACACUACUGCAUUUCCAGCUCUCACAUCUAAUAAGUUUUACUUUUGGUCAAGAGCGAAUCACAAAUGGCCAAACAGCAUCUGAAGGCGAAUUUCCUUAUCAAGCAUUAAUAUACGAUUACUUCACGUACUGCGGAGGAUCAAUAAUUCAUAAACGCUGGAUCUUGACUGUAGCUCACUGCGAAUACAAAAAUAAUGCUGCUAUUAGUGUGUUUGUGGGUACAAAUAAGAAUCUUGGGAUUGGUGGGGUUUGUUAUGAGAGAGCAAAUAUGGUUCUUAACGAUAUCGCGCUAAUACGCGUGGCUACUGAUAUACAAUUUAACGAAAGAGUGAAGCCUGUCAGUUUACCUUUAGACAAUAUCAACAAAUAUGAAAAUACGUUUGCCACUGUGUCUGGUUGGGGUAAAUUGCGACCUAACACUAAUUUGAAGACAUAUUUGCCACGAAACUUGCAGCAUAUUACAGUUCAAGUUUUAGAGCAGCAAAACUGCCGUAGAUCGUGGCCGAAUUUAGUGGAGCAUCAUCUGUGCACUUCUAUUCCCGAUGGAAAAGCUACUUGUGAAGGAGAUUCUGGUAGCCCACUGGUUGUGGGUAAUACACAAAUUGGUAUAGUUUCUUAUGCUGAUGCGGAAUGCGGUCUUGUAAGACCAGUGGUUUAUACUAGGGUUUCAGGUUUUCUUCCCUGGAUUAGAAAACAGCUUUAUUUGUUUGGCGUAUCAUUAUAAUUUGUAAAAAUAAUUAUAAUUAUGAGAAUUAAAAGUUAUUGUUUUUAAAUGUGAA